AUGCCAUCUGCUACGAUCACCACUGAAACCACAACACAUGCUACGGAGGGCGCUCAAACGAUCCAAAGCCUGACCAACAGACAGUCAUCCAAAGGCAGUAUGCCAUCAUCGACGAUGAAUGGAGUCAAUGGCCAUACGAAGCCAGUUGGGACCUACCAGGUCUGGGACCAACCGAUCGGUACAAUCAAACCAAUGCGGGUGAUAUGCAUUGGGGCAGGAGCUAGUGGAAUCAACAUGGCGUAUCAGGCCAAGAACUUCCUGGAGAGAGUUGAUCUUGUUGUUUAUGAGAAAAACCAAGACUUUGGCGGCACUUGGUUCGAGAAUCGGUAUCCCGGUUGCAAAUGUGAUAUACCCUCGCACAACUAUCAAUUCACCUGGGAACCGAACCCGAACUGGUCUGAGCUAUUCUCUUCCAGCUCAGAGAUCCAAGCUUACCUGGAGCGCUGCGUCGAGAAACACGGUCUGCGCGAUUACAUCAGGAUCAGCCACCGCAUCGUUGGGGCCACUUGGGACGAUGAAAAGGCCAUCUGGAAGGUGACGGUUGAAGAUGUCGAGCGCCAAAUCAUAUUUGAUGACUGGUGUCAUUUCCUUCUCAAUGCUGGAGGCAUUCUCAAUAACUGGAAAUGGCCUGACAUUCCGGGACUACACUCUUUUGAAGGCGAUCUUAUCCAUAGUGCAAACUGGCCUGAUGAAGUCAGCCUCAAAGACAAGGUGGUUGCCGUCAUAGGCAAUGGGUCAACCGGUAUCCAGAUUGUCCCGGCCAUUCAACCAGAAGUCAAGGAGCUUGUACAUCUCAUUCGCUCACCGACAUGGGUCACUCCCGGUGCGGCUUCGCGGUACCCGUCUCUGAAGGGUGGCGAGAUGCCCAAUGUCUUCUCUGAGGAACAGAAAGAGAUAUUCCGCACAGAUGACGACCGUUAUGCAGAGUUCCGGAAGCAGAUCGAGCGCGAGAUCAACUCCAAGUUCCGCAUGCUUGUGAAUGGCGCAACGAUGGCGGAGAAGGUCAGAAAGGACGCAUACAACAGCAUGGUUGAUCUCCUAGGCGAGCGCGCUGCCGAUCUGGGCCCUGACAUCAUCCCGGACUUUGCGGUCGGCUGCCGCCGUAUCACGCCAGGCGUGGGCUAUCUCGAAAGCUUUUCUAAGCCAAAUGUGCGCGUGAUUACCAAUGCAAAUAUCGAUCACGUUGACACUAGCGGCCUUGUCAUGGCCAACGGGAAGAGGAUCGAAGUUGACACGAUCAUCUGCGCAACCGGCUUUGACGUUUCCUUCUCGCCCCGGUUCCCUGUCACUGGUCGAGAUGGGGCCAACCUGGGCGAGCUAUGGACCGAACCCAAUGUCCCGAGGGCCUACCUUUCCCUGGCAGUCCCCGAGUUUCCCAAUUACUUCAUGUUCCUAGGCCCCAACGCUCCUAUUUCCCACGGCAGCGUCUUCACCAUCACGGAGUAUGUUUCCAAGUAUAUCAUGCAAGUCAUCACUAAGGUUCAGGUCGAAAUGAUCAAGUCAAUUCGUGUGAAGCAGCAAGCUGUGGAUGAGUUUGCUACUCACAUUGACACUUUCAUGCCCCGGACAGCCUGGGCGGGGAAGUGUAGGUCGUGGUUCAAGCGAGGCAAGAUUGACGGCCCCAUCACGGCCAUUCAUCCCGGCAGCCGUAUUCACUGGUUCCAUACUAUGGAGCGUCCCAAGUUUGAGGACUUUGAGUAUGAGUACGAUACCGGCAAUCGGUUCCAAUAUCUCGGGAACGGGUUCUCCACAAGGGAGGAGGAUAACUCUGACAGCACGUGGUACUUGGAUGAAAGAGUUCCAAAAUACCUCUAUUACUGA